CUAUUGGCUACAGGUGAUCCUUGCUCCGUGUUCGAUUGCUUUCCCCUGUUCUGCCUCAGUUGUUUGGCUUUUGAUUACACCUCCUGAGCUAGGGCCUUGCCUCUGAUGGGAGUUUAGGGUGCAUUGUAUUUGACCACCGCUUCUCUUCAGAAUCUCCUAAGUCUACAAAACUAUUGUAAAUCAUGGCCGACGACGAGUUAGAUGCCAUAAGGCAGCAACGAAUGGCGGAGCUGCAGGCAAAGCAUGGGAAUGCUUCAAAUAAUCAGCAAGGAGAGGAGGCCAAACAAAGAGAAACGGACAUGAGGAAUUCUAUACUGGCUCAAGUCCUCGACCAGUCUGCCCGCGCCAGAUUGAGCAACCUUGCUUUGGUGAAGCCAGAGAAGGCUAAUGCAGUUGAAAAUUAUCUCAUUCAGAUGGCUCGCUUUGGAAAAUUAGCAGGAAAGAUUUCAGAAUCGGGCUUGAUCGAGAUUCUAGAAAAGGUCAGCCAGCAAACCGAGAAGAAGACAACAGUGAAAUUCAACAGACGGAGGGUGAUGGACUCGGACGACGAGGAUGAUUACUAACUUUAAACUGGAAGCCAGAAAUGAGUCAAGAAAUCUGAAGAGGACAUGCUUUACUGGGACUCUAAUAGCACUUUUGACUAGCUGAAUCCUGGGAGUCUACACAAGCUUCUGUAUGUCUGGAAACUGUAUGCCAAGAGGGAAGAUCAACAAAAUCAAGUUGACAAUGCUGCAUAAGUGGUGGGGCGUAUGAUAAACACAGUGUCAUUAGGUGUUCUGUUCACAUCUUGUUUGGGACACAAGCUGCGUUCUGCUUGUGACUAUCACUGAUGGUUCUUGAUACUAUUUGACUCCAUGAGAAAUCCAUGAUUAUUUCCCAAUAGUUACUACUUUUUAUUUUUACCAUGACUUCUGUUUUUCAGACAAAAAAAAGUUUGGGAAAUGCUGCUGCUGCAUUUAUUUGGACUGUGCUAAAAAUACAAUACACAGUCUUCAAUUGAGGGACAGCUUUCCAUUAGAACUAGAUUGUGCUUGAAUAUUUCCUUUUUGCUGACAUGUAUCUCAAAGUUUACAUCAAAAAAAUUAAUAAAAAGCCUUACAUCUUUUCUUACGAACCAUUUCUAAAACAAUUAGUUAUAUGAACAAGUGUUCAACUCAAGAGCAUCAUCACACAUUCACUUUGCUGACUGUCUGUUAAUGGAUGAUUGACUAUUUUGGCCAACUAAACCAUCUCAAAUAUUGGGAUUCUCUUUUGAAUCUAUAGCUGACAGAUUCCUCAAUGUACCCAACUACUUUUGAAAUAAAAGUUCUGAAAGAGAA